AUGGACCCACAAUUUCCACACCCCAUCAAAUACUCCGUCCACAAAUCCGUCACCACCAAGGUCUUCCCGCCGAGGUCGGAGAACCAAACGCCGCGCCUGGUGAGGAUCUCCGUCACCGACGGCGACGCCACCGACUCCUCUGACGACGAGGGCGGCGCCUGCCGCCGGGUCAGGACCCACGUCAGCGAGGUCCGGCUGGUCAGGGCGAGCUUCUCCGAGAAGGCCAAGAAGAGGGGUCAACCGGCCGCGGUGGAGCCGCCGGCAGAGGAGAGGAGGUACCGCGGCGUGCGGCGGCGGCCAUGGGGAAAGUGGGCGGCCGAGAUCCGCGACCCGGCCCGAAGGACCCGGGUCUGGCUGGGCACCUACGAGACGGCGGAGGCGGCAGCCCUGGCCUAUGAUGAGGCGGCCAUCGAGAUGCGGGGGCCAAACGCCUUCACCAACAUCAUAAAGCCGCCGGAGAGGGCGGCGGCGGCGGUGUCCUGCGACGACGGGAACGAAUUUUCCGACCGGCCGUCUCCAACCUCUGUUUUGAGGUUUGGGGCAGAGCGGAGUACGGUCGUCCGGUCCGAAUUCAAACACAAUUUGGAGGACUACGACGUGGACAACUAUUGUUCAAUUACCGAGCCGGAGUCGGAGCCGAUUCCGGUGAAGGAGGAGAGAGAUGACGUUGAUUUUCUCAGGGAUGAGUGCUCGUUGAGUGGCUAUUUCAAUCUGAGAGUGCCAUCGCCGUUGAUACUCGACGAGAUGAGGUGGAAAGAGGAAGAUUUGGGUGAUGGGGCUUAUGAUUUGAAUUUGGGGGCUGAAUUUAGGUCGGUUGAUUUGGGUGGUGAUUUUGACUGGGAUGUUGACCAGUUUUUCGAUGACCCAAUUUCAUUUUGA